AUGACUUCUAGAUCAACAAUUUGGCGUCGUCGACAACGUAUUAAAGAUAUUUUCAAAGAGAAAACAUCAAUAAUUGAUGUAUCAACAAAUUCUACUGAUGAUAAAUUAAAUCAUUCGUUUUGUGUAGAUGACAAUCUUUCAAGUCAAACACAAUCAGAUCAACAUGUUGAUAAUAAUCGCUAUGAACAACCUUCUUCUUGUUCUUCUAUCAGUUUUGAAGAUUUCAUGGCAUCAAUUGGAAUGAAUGAAGAAGAACAUAUAUUUGGUGGUACCCAAUUAGAUCCAAACGCUGAAGAUGAAGAGAAAAUAGAAGAAAACCAAUUUUUCGAUCUAUCUGCUGAUCCAUCGAUUCGAGAAGUUGCUGCUGUUCUUAGUUUACUCAAGAUUCGACAUAAAUUAUCAAAUCGUUGUUUAGAUGAUUUGUGUCAUUUAAUGCAAUUGUUGAAGGCACAAAAUGUUCCAAAAAGUUCAGCGCAUAUAAAACGUAUUCUUUUACCAUUAGCAACAAUUGAUAAUGUAUCACCAUCUUAUUUUUGUGCUAAAUGUAAUAAGUUAUCAACUAACGAAACAAAUUGUUCCAAUAUCAACUGUUCUGAAAAUAAUGGAUUUACUACAAAGGCACCUGUUUUCGUUCGAAUGCCUUUAAAAACUCAAAUAAAAAAUGUAUUAGCACGUUUUUCAUCACAAUAUUUUCAACAAUAUACUAAUUCUUUAUUAACAAAUUCAUCAAAUAUUACUCAAGGUUUAUUAUAUAAGAAAAUUGUACAACAAGAAGGUGAUAAUUUUAUUUCGUUAAUAAUGAAUGUAGAUGGCAUAGAAAUUUCAAAAAGUUCAAGAUCUUCAUUAUGGGUAAUUACAUUUGUAAUUAACGAAUUAAGACGCACCGAAAGAUUUCAAAUGGAAAAUAUUCUUGUCGGUGGAAUUGGAGCUGGUUUGUCGAAACCUUCAAGAGAAGAAAUGGCUGCAUAUUUACAGCCAAUAAUUGAUGAAUUAUUAAGUUUACAAAAUGAAUGUCGCUUUAAAAUGAGUGAUGGACAUUAUUUAUUUUUGAAAGUAUUUUUAAUAGCUGGUUCAUUAGAUAAGCCCGCACAAGUAUUAGUGCAGAAUAUUACUGAAAUUAAUGGUGCAUACGGUUGUGGCAAAUGUUUAAUGAAAGGAAUUACAGUACCAGUUAAACCUGAUAGUAAAAAAAGAAUUCGAGUAUUUUCACUUCGAAAAAAUGAUAUCCAACCUAAGUUGCGAACCAAUUUUACUUAUGAUAUUAAAAUGGCUAUCCCAGAAAGAUUUCGACCAAAAGAAAAAAAAUCUCGUCGUGAUUACAUGUGUGGAUACAUGGGAGAAUGUCGUCUACGUGAUUUACUUUACUUUGACGUUGGACGGUGUUUUGUAUUCGAUACUCUACACAAUCUCUAUAGGGGUUCAUUUAGUAGAUUUCUUGAUCUAUGGUUUGAUUCAAAACAUCAUCGUGAACCAUGGUGCUUGAGAUCAAAAAUGAAGCUUAUAGAUCUUUCUUUAUCUACACAUAAAUAUCCAUCAACAACAUAUCGUUUACCUAGGACAAUUUUAAAGUAUUAUCAGUUUAAAGCAAAUGAACUAAGAUGUAUUCUUUUAUUUGGUUUUUCACCAUUUUGUAUGUAUUUACCAAAAAAAUAUGGUCGUCAUUUUCUAUUACUUGUUCUUAUUGCUCAUCUUUGUGAAUCAAAAAUUAUUACUUCAGAACAAUUAUCACAAAUUAAAUUGUUAACAAACGAAUUUAUUUAUCAAUUUCCAUUACUUUAUGGUGAUCGACAAAAUGUUAUAUCGAUUCAUUCGAUUAUGCAUUUAAGUGAAUCAGUUAGAGAUUUUGGUGGUGUUUACAAUUAUUCUACUUUCAAUUUUGAAAGCUACCUAGGUACAUUAAGAGCAACUAUUCAUUCAACUCGUCGACAUGCUUUGGAAGUACAAUCGAAUGUUAACCUUCUUCGUUUAUCUUGUAUAUGUGUUAAUGAACCAACAUUUAACUUUCAACUAAGUGGUUUUAUUAAUUCUGCUCUACCAAACAUACGAAAUAAUAAUCCAUUUAAAUUUCAUCAACCUAUUCAAUUAAAGGAAAUUGAUCGUGAUAAAGGUCGAAAUAAUGAUAUUCAUGAUGUACUCGGCAACGAUAUAAAAUUAUAUAAUACUUUUAUUUUUAAUGGUAUUCGUUUCACCGUUGCUACACAUCAAAAUAAUGGACAAAAAGAUGAUUCAUGUGUGUUAUAUAAAUUAGUUAACAAGAUUCGAAUUGGAUUUAUUAUUUCUAUCAUACAAAAAUCUGUAGAUGAAAAUGAUUGUAUUGUACAAAUUCGUGAUGUACCAAUUAAUAGAUAUAUGUCUAUUAAUAUAAAUAACACUCAAAUAACUUGUUCAACUAUAAUGUUUGGCAAUGCUGAACAAAACAAUAGUAUUUUUUUUGUACGACCUAUCAAUAUUGUAGAAAAAUUAGUACAUGUUUUUGAUAAUGCUUCAAAAAUGUUUAUUUUUUUUCGUUUUCCAAAUAUGUUAGAAUCAACUUAA